AUUGCAUGUACUAUUUAAUUUGUGACAUCGAGGGCCACCACCUCACCUCCGCGGUCAUCAUCGGCCACGACGGCACCAUUUGGGCUCAGAGCUCCGCGUUCCCCGCGUUCAAGCCCGAGGAGAUGGCCAAGAUCAUGAAGGAUUUCGAUCAGCCUGGCACCUCCCGACCGGCCUGUUUCUUGGACCGACGAAAUAAUAUGAUCAUCCAAGCUGUCAUCCGCGGCAAGAAGGGAUCGGGAGGCCUCACCGUGAAGAAGACCGGUCAGGCACUCGUCAUUGGCAUCUACGACGAGCCGACGACUCCCGGGCAGUGCAACAUGGUUGUGGAGAGGCUCGGCAACUACCUGAUCAAACAGGGCAUGUAG